AUGCCAUUGCAUACGGUCGCGUUGGGUGCGGCCUUGACCCCUACCGUCCUCCACACUCUAAUCAAUCAUUACCGACACCGCAAGGCGCGCCAUAACCAUCCGACCGUCCAUCUCACCUAUGAUGAAGGCAUUCAAGUCGUUCGUCAAUUCCUUUACUACGCCUCGAAACACCCCGUAGAAGAUAUUCAGGCGUUCACGCGCCAAUGUGCUCGCGAAACAACUGGGCCCAAGGGCCUUGUGCGGGUUGGAGGAGAGAAAUGGUGGCAAUGGCGAGGUCCGGCCGAGGAACUCAAGGGCGAAUGGGUCGAAAUGCGCAACCAUUACAACGAGAUGAAGAAGUCCAAUAGCCGCAACAACAGAAUCAUGCUGUAUAUCCAUGGUGGCGCGUACUUCUUUGGCAGUGUCGAUACCCAUCGAUAUAUGCUACAGCGUCAUGCUCGCAAGUUGAAGGGCCGCGUUUUCGCGCCCGACUAUCGUCUGGCACCCCAGUUCCCGUUCCCAUGCGGCUUGCAAGAUUGUAUGGCGGCGUAUCUCUGGCUGCUUCAGAGCUACGAUCCCAAGGAGAUUCUUCUUGCGGGGGACUCCGCCGGUGGUGGCAUGGCCUUGUCACUGCUAGUCAUGAUGCGUGACCAAGGCAUACCACUGCCCGCAGGUGCGAUUCUCAUCUCGCCAUGGGUCGAUCUGACACACUCCUUCCCCAGCAUCGUGGAAGACAACCCCGGGGACUACAUCCCACCCUACGGAUUCCGAUACAAGCCUUCCGCAGCUUGGCCUCCGCCUAAUGCUGACGAGAUCUUGAAGAUUAAGAAUCUGUCUCGCAAAGAAACUUUCACAGCCAGGGACAUCGAAGGUGCAGGUCCGACCGCAAACAAGGAUGCCAGAGAUACCGCUGUCCGUGGUUAUACACUUCACGAGAAUAAGAACCCGGCCGAGGGGCAUGCUUAUCCAGGCAUGCAACAUACUGCAGACCCGGGCACCCUGCAUGCCGAGCCUGACAACAUCCACGUGGUCCUGGAAGGCAAGACGGUUGAACUCAAAGAUCAGAUCCAGAUGUACGCCACCAACCAACUACUAUCCCAUCCUUUGGUAUCGCCAAUUCUUCAGCCAUCACUGGGAGGGCUUCCGCCACUUCAAGUUAUCAGCGGUGGUGGCGAGACCCUCCGGGAUGAACAGUUUUACGUGGCCCAUAAAGCGGCAAACCCGGCGGCCUAUCCUCCUGCCGAUGUGUACCUCGACGAAUUUGAUCCUGACCGUGAGCAACUGAACAAGUACGAGCCCACAUACGUGCAGCUCCAAGUUUGGGAUGACCUGUGCCAUGUCGCUCCCACGCUCAGCUUCACCAGGCCGGCCAAGCACAUGUUCCGGUCAAUCUCUCAAUUUGGCUCCUGGGCUUUGGCUCGUGCCCAAAAGACAGAGGUAGAGAUCAUGGACGACAAUCUUGUCUCACCUAUCUCAUCCAGUGAUUCGGACAGCUCGAAUAGUCCGAACAGCCCAGGAGGCAUCGGAAGUAAACGCAAGCCGACUUUUCCAGCCGGGCUCUCUGUCGGUAAAGCAGGCGAUCCCCUUCCCGCCUUCGAACAGCACAUGAUUCGUCAACGAGUCGACAAGCGUGGUCGUAUGUAUCAUCUCGACCCGCCGUCGUCCUAUCCGGCACUCGCAAUUCCGCCCGCUAAGGUGGGAGCAGUCAAUCCAGAGCUGAUCCGGAAGUGGCUCGAGGCCAAGCACGAAUGGGAUCAAAAGUUCUCCAAGGAGAAGCUCUGUGUUCAAAGCCGGCGUAUCAAAGAGAUGGCGCAUGGCUUUCAGGACUUCGAGGGUGAAUGUCCGCCUCCAAGCUCUCUGGCUGCUCGUCGUGGGGCUCCAGGUGUACUUCCGAAGUGGCGCGCCAAGAAGAACUAUGGGCUGAUGCUCUGGAGUGGCUGGGGUAGCAAACAUGAUGAGCGUACCAUGGAAAAAGCGAGUGAAGCCGAAAAGUUUGGUCAAACUACAACACGCCGCAGUGUGGAUGCUGGGCAAGCCGGUUCGUAUUCAAGCGCACCCUUGAAGAAUCCUCUGGCUGGCAACACUGGGGAGAGCAGGUCUGAGACUGCCGCCGGGAGCAGCUCGACAGGCGGAACUCCAGCGAUCACCUGGGAUACCACAAAGGAACAGAGGCAAUGGAACGGAGAGACUGACCCAGGUCGUCCCUCCGAAUCAACUUCCUUGCGUCCCACCUCAGAGAGAAGUGGCGGCCCCAUACUCAUACUACCGGGUGUUGAUAAUCGCAAGUUCAACGAUGAAAAUGCAAGUACCAGAGCGCUCUUCCACGCCGCAGGAACCCUGCCCAUGUCAUCCGAUGCUUCCCUACCUUAUCUAAAAGGUCGACCAUCGUCGGUUGGCGGCUCGGUAGCCGGCCGUAGCGAAUUUAUGUCAGACAACGGCGAAGACGCGAGUACUGUUGGCGGGGACAGAGAGUUGAGCGCGGUUCCUGGUGUUGCGAAUGACGCUGCUAGCACUCGCGCGGUCUUGAGCGCUAAAGGUGUCGUUGGCGUGGUUAGCUCUAGGGAUAGUGGUCAAAUCUCCACCGAUACCGCAUCCUUGCGUGCAAAUAUCUCAGAUGCUGAUGCUGUUUCCGCUGCUGGUAAAACAUCCACAUCGCACCGGCCGGAUAUGCCCGAGAGAGAAGUCUUUAAAACAGCUCAAGAAGCGCUGUAA